AUGUUGGGCAGAGUUCGCUCAGCGAUGGCGCAACUAGUCGGGGGUCUCGGAGGCGGAGGAAGCCCCCGCAGUACGCAGUACGCCUCGCCCGCCGCCGGCGCCUCAACCGCGGCGUCCCCGCCUGUUCGGUCCGAGGCUAUCGGGCCCAGCGUUGCCGCCCCCGCUGCCGCCCCCACCACCUCAGUUACCACCACGAGCAGCUCCUGCUGUGAGGCGCCCGGCGGCAGCUUCUCGAGACCGGCUUUUCUGCAGCUCACGCCAGAAGAACUUCUGCUGGCCGAUGACCACACGAGCAGAGCCAUCCAGAGCUCCCGCGAGAGUCGCCGUCGCCUGCCCUGGAGCACCGGCUACGCCGAAGUGAUAAAUGCUGGUAAAAGCCAGCAUAAUGAGGAUCAAGCUUGUUGUGAAGCCGUCUUUGUGGAAAAAAGAAACAGCCUGAGAAAUAACCCAGGCCCCAAGGGAAUUUCUGGAGAAUCAGAAGGCAGCAAAGGUCUGUAUUUUUACUACUGGAGUUUGUUUGAUGGACAUGCUGGAAGUGGAGCUGCAAUUAUGGCAUCCAAACUGCUUCAUUUCCAUAUUCGUGAUCAGCUCCGAGACUUGGUGGAUAUCUUACAAGAUUCUUCUCCUCCACCAAUUUGCCUACAAGAGAGACCCAGGACAGUUCUCACCGAACCAAACAAAGCUCGUCUGGCAGAAGAAGACAGAGAGGUCCCAAACAAUGCCUUGCCACGCUUCCAUAUGGAAAAGAUGGUUUUCCAUGAAAGUUUAGUAGUGGGAGCCAUUGAAAAUGCAUUCAAACAGAUGGACAAUCAAAUUGAGCAAGAACGGGUAACCAGACAAGCAACUGGAGGCUGCUGUGCCCUGGCUGUGGUUUAUCUUCUGGGGAAGUUUUAUGUGGCCAACGCUGGUGAUAGUAGGGCCAUUGUCAUCCGUAAUGGGGAAAUCAUUCCAAUGUCCAGGGAGUUUACUCCAGAGACAGAGAGGCAAAGGCUACAGUUUUUAGGCUAUUUGAGGCCUGAAUUACUGGGAAAUGAGUUUACUUACCUUGAGUUUCCUCGAAGGAUCCAACAGAAGGAAGUGGGAAAGAAGAUGUUAUAUAGGGACCAAAACAUGAACGGCUGGGCAUAUAAAAGGAUAGAAGAAGAUGACCUGAAGUUUCCACUUGUGUAUGGAGAAGGGAAAAAAGCUCGAAUGAUGGCAACCAUUGGGGUAACUCGAGGCUUAGGAGACCAUGAUCUCAAAGUUUACAAUUCCAACAUCCACAUUAAACCUUUCUUAUCUUGCGUUCCAGAGGUGCACAUUUAUGAUCUCACACAGUAUGAGCACUGCCCUGAUGAUGUGCUGGUGCUGGGCACUGAUGGCCUCUGGGAUGUCACUAGUGAUCAAGAGGUGGCCACUGUGGUCAUUGAUGUAUUGAUGGGCUAUGAGCCCAAUGAUCCUUGCAGGUAUACCAUGGCAGCCCAGGAGUUGGUAACGAGAUCCAGAGGGGUUCUGAAGGAUCGUGGCUGGAGGCUGGCCAAUGACAAACUGGGCUCUGGAGAUGAUAUUUCUGUCUUUGUUAUUCCCUUGGGUGGUCCAGGAAACUAUUCCUGAACUCGGAGCCUCCAGUAUACAGAGUUCUUGAUUUAAAAUGGUAAAAAAUGCAACUUAACUGAAGAUUGUAGAUUCCCUUGCUGUUGAAAUAUUUUUGUUUCACAAGUCUUCAGAAGUGGAUUAUAAAACCCAAUCAUAAAGACUUCAGUUUACAUCAGUUUUCAUCUUUUUCAAGCAAGUGAGAGCAAUGACACGUAGCCGAAAUCAAAGCUUUUCAAGAAUUACUACCAUACAUUCUUGAAAUCCUCUGGAAAUCUUUAAUUCUCAGGGCUGUGUGAAAUCUGGGGUGUGGUGCCAGAGAAAGAAAACUGUGGGUUCCACUGGCAUGGAAAUGGUCUUCAUACUGAUUGUUAGUCCUGCAGUAUCCUUGAUCCUUUACAGUACUGAAUCACUUGUAAAUAUUUAUUUUGCCCCAUGACUAUAAAUGGACAAUUCAGAAUGCCAAGGACCACCUCAUUCUGAUUCACAAUGGCAAUUGUGCCUACUUGUCUAGAAAAUACUGUCUUACUUGGCAAUUAAUUGUAUGUGAAUUGCUAAAAAAUAACAUCAAAUAAGUGUUGUUGACUGAUUGCUAGUUAUUUCUCAGAUUUCUCCCAGGCAGAAUAUGCGGUUUUUCCCUCCAAAAGUUGGAUUUCAGGUUGAAUACUAAGUAAGAACUCAUUUUAAAAGUAUCUCUUAUUUAGCAGGAAUUUUUCUGUAUCAUAUUAAGUACUGUACAUCAUUUAACAAAAUUUGCUAAUUUUAUAGGAGUCUCUCCUCUGAAUGGCAGUGGGUGGGUACAACUGAUUUCUACCCUAGAGAAUAUUGUUGAACAAGAUCUUACCUUGUAUUUCUUCCUCCACAAAGUGGUGGAACAUCUGGUGAUCUAAAUCAACAGAGCCUUAAAUAACAAUAUAGAGACAUUUUCUGCAGGAUAGGGCAUUGCAAAUAUGUACCUAAAGCAACUACAUCUAUAGUUAACAUUAUAGAAGAGAUUUUAUUUCUAGUUCAGGUCAUCUGUGUUUUUUUAUGAAACAUUCAAAAAUUUCUGCAUCUCAGCUCUACCUCUACAGCUCUGAGUUCUUAGCUUAAUGAAUAAAACAUAUUCUGUACUGAUUUAAGUCUGUCUGGCAAUGGUAGCUACACUUUAUAACUUGGUAACUAUUUCAGUUCAAGGGGACCCAGCAACUCACAAUCUGCAAUUUACAAUACAGGUGUGAGCAACUGAAUGAUAAAACACAACAAAGGAGGGGGGGAUUGAAGACUCUCACAUUUAUUAAAAACAUUCAUGGAUUGCCUCUAAUUCAUGAAAAGUAUAUACAAUGACAAACUUGUGCAUCUUUAAAAAAACUCCUUUUUUCAUUUACUGCAAAAAAAAAAAUAACAUGACUAUCUCUCCAGAAAUGAAUGGGUUUUUUUAAAUCUCCUUCUCUUUUCCUUAGCCUUUAUCUUAUUUCUUUAAAAAUAAGUUAUAGGCGUUAAAGAAAAUAUUUCUAAUCUUAUUUAUAUUUUUGUUUUAAAAUAUUUCAUUUAGAAUUUAGACCAUAAUUUGUCUUGUUAGGGAAUAAGGUCCAUUGAAUUAUUUGGGUCUUCUAAGUAAACUUUGAUACUUCCCCAUUAUGUAAAGGCUGAGCUUGAAAGCUUUGAUUUAUUUGUUAACAAGGUGAGGUUUUAAUGUCUGAUGACAGAUUAAAACAUAGACUGGAAGGCUAUGGGUACUCAUUGGCAUAAAGAAAAACCAGUCAAGAAAUAAUCUUACUCGAAAGCACUUCAGUAUUGAUUUCUCUUCUUCUUUUGACCUGCUGUGACUUUAUGGUGAUUGAUGUGUAUCAUGUCACUUGUGAAAGAUGAAAUAAAGUGAAUGCACCUCUUGGGAACCA